UCAACCAGGUCUCAUGCGAGAAGCAGCUCUGAAUAAACGACUAAUAGCUCGAGGCAGAUGCCCUGCUGCCUGCCUUGAUCCCGAUCGAAUGGCUAAAACCGGCCGAGGACCGAUGUGGCCGUUGUCUGCUUUCGACUUUGCCAACGAGCCAUAAAGAUGUCUCCGCCGUGCUGCGCGGUCGCUCCAGCAGCCGAGCACCGCAAACAUGGAGUUCAACGUGCUCCUGGCCAUUCUUCUCGCUCUGCCCCUCUCUGGGGCCCAUUCCUGGGUCGAGCGCCUUAGACGCCUCGGCUUGAACGGCACCAUGGUCGGCGACCCUGGCUAUGUUCGGGGCUUCGUCUCCCGCCUCGACCCGACAUUCGACGACCUCCGGAUGCAGCACCACCUCCCGCCCAACGGCAGGGACGCGCAGCUGGGCAUCCUUCCCACCGACCGCAUCUGCAGGGACUCGCAGCGAGUUUCGCGGUCGAGUGAUAUGUUCCCCCGGCUGCAGGCGUGGCCCGGAGACUUCAUCGCUCUGCAACAUCAGGAAAACGGACAUGUCACCCUCCCGGAAGCGAGUCCGCACAAGGAGCACGGCGGCACCAUCUACAUCUACGGCACUCCGAAUCCCUCUGAGGAUGACGCCUUGCUCUCCAUACAUCGUGUCUGGAACGCCGAUGGCACCGGCGGCGACCGCCGAGGGUCCCUCCUGGCCGUCCGGCCCUUCGACGACGGCCAGUGCUACCAGAUCAACGACGGACAGAUAUCGAUCGCCCGCCAGGAAGCGUUCAAGAAAGUCCCCGCGGAUCCUCAAGGCGCCGACCUCUGGUGCCAGUCCGACAUCCGGCUGCCAAGCGACGUUUGCGGUGCAUACACCCUCUACUGGGUCUGGGAAUGGCCUUUCAAGCCGGAUGGCUUGGAGAGGCCUGCCGAUAUAUACACAAGCUGCAUGGACGUCGAUAUUCUUCCGGGUAUUCAGCAAGGCGAGGUUUCUUAUGUCGACGGGCAGGAUUUGAACUGGGCCGGAAUAAAGCAGCAGAUGCUCGCAAUCUGAUGUGUUUCAGCGUGUGUCAAUGAGCUAGUUUGGAAGCCGGCUUCCGUUUAUCUUAGCACUACAAUAUUUCUUCAGCUG